UGUCUGCUACCUAGCGAUGGAGUGGAAACAGCAGGCGGAUCCUGACCACGUCUUGGCAUUCAGAGACGCUCAGCGAUGGAUAGAGGAGGUUACUGGGAAGAGCUUUGGCAACAAAGAUUUUCGGUCAGCACUGGAAGAUGGAGCCCUGUUAUGCGAACUAGUUAACAAGAUAAAACCAGGUGUCAGUAAAAAGAUCAACCGCCUGUCCACACCAAUAGCUGGUCUGGACAACAUUAAUGUUUUCUUGAAAGGCUGUCAAAAACUUGGUUUAAAAGAAGCCCAGCUGUUUCACCCAGGAGAUCUACAGGAUUUAUCCAGUCGCGUCACUGUCAAACGUGAAGAAAAUCAGAGGCGGCUAAAAAAUGUUCUGAUCACAAUAUAUUGGCUGGGUAGAAGAGCACAGCAUGAGCCUCAUUAUAAUGGACCUUACCUUAACCUGAAAGCAUUUGAAGGGCUGCUUGGACAAACUCUGACAAAGGCUCUUGUGGACUCUGGCAGUCUGAAACGCAGUGGACGCGACAGUGGAUACUGUGAUAUCUGGUGUACGGAGAGGAACGAGUCAAUAUCACCACAGCACAGGCAUAGAAGAGACGAUUCACUUGAUAGUUUAGAUUCAUUUGGGUCAAAGUCUGUCACCAGCCUUUCAUCAGACAUAACAUUAAAAGGCAGUAGUGAGGGUGGUGGGAGUGACGUUGAGUCAGACUAUCUAAACAGCAAGACAAUGGAUGAAGUGAAGAACGAUAUGUCACUUCGCAGGACCUCCACCUCAGACUAUAAGCCUGUAUUGCCGUACAACCAAUUCCUGCCAAAGAAAAGCAAACCUGCAACUUACAUUCCAGCUCCACUGAUGAAAAGGCGAGCGGAAAGACAUGAAGAAAAUAGAAGAAGUUGGGCAAACCCAAUGUUUGAAAAAAAUGAUGGAACAUUUUCAAGUAGAGAAGAGAAAUCUCUGAAGAGUGAAACGGUUGCAGGUGACACGGGUACAUAUAAAACUUCCACCAGCGGUGAUGGUGGAUCAUCUGAGGAAUUACUACACGCCUAUCCUGACACUGAUUCUGGAUCAGAUGAUGAAGAAAGGGAGCCUGAUCCCUUGCUGGAUGACUUUGCACGUCGGAAAUUUGGUUCACCCCUUAGUUUUGUAAGGCACACACCUCUUCAACUGGACAAAGAAUUGGCAUCGCCACUUUGUCAAACUUCUGCUUUGACUGAUAGCACCACUCCCUUAAUAGAAGAGAACGAGAAAUCUGGAAGUAGCCAAAAGCAGCUGAGUGUCCUCGUGGUGAGUGAAGAUUCCACAAAAGCUUCCCAACCACUUUGGGAUGAAUCCGCUUCUGAGGAAGAACAAGAUGCUGAUCCUGACAUUGAAAAGGAUGACCUGUUUAUACGUAAACUGAACCCAGUGUUACCGGGCAAAAGUGUGACCUUUGAUAGAUUCCUACCAAAGAAUUGGACCGCAAAGGAAGAAGAACAGUGGAGACAAAUACAAUUGGGUUCUCGAAGCAGACCAUGGUAUAAGGAGCUUCAGUAUAUCAGAAGGAAGCCACCUGAGUUGCAAGAGGAUGCCCACUACUUCACCAUUAACAAAGCUGGCACUGAAAAGACACGGGAGUCUGGCACUGAAAAUUGCAGUAGGGAGGUUUCCCAGUUUAACACACAAACUAUAAAAUCUGCAGGAACUGUGUGCCAUGGACGGGUGGAAGGUGUCACUCGCACUUUAGAUGGACAAAGCCUGUUUCCACUACGUCAAGCUCUAGAUGCAAGUGUUACUUAUUCACAAUUGGCAGACUUCUCGCUUUCCAGACCAAAAGUCGAUCCAGCUGCAGGUCCUAGAAUUCUAAGACAGAAAGAAACUUCCUUCCUGACCCAGCAGUCCCACUCUGCCAAGCAGGAGGAGGAAGCCGACCAGGAAUUGGAACCAGAUUUGGAAAAUGACGACAUGUUCAGCCGUAAAACCGGUGCUUUUCACGCGAAUCCUGACCUGAAACCUUUGUGCUAUGAGGAUCGAAGCAAUGCUGGAUCAAAUGACUCAAUUGAGCGUCUUGUCGCGCAAGAUCGAAGAGACAAAACUAUAAUUCCGGAUCCUGAGAAAGAUGAUGUGGUUCUUAGAAAAGAACGCUUUUCUCAAACAAAGCAAUUGGUGCCAUCGGGUGCUCCAGACAUGUACAGUCCGAUUCCUUUUCCAGAUUUCUCAAGUUUGCCUGAAUCGCUCCGCUCCAGGUUCCUUUGCCCACCCGACCAAGUUUCUGAAGAAACUGAAACGUGUGUCGAUGCAUUGCCAUGUCCGGUAAAGGAUGACAUGCUUUCUCGAAGAAUGGCUUUGUCCCAGGCUAACCAAACAGUGCACAGUCGAAACUUUGCUCCUGCCUCAUGUAGUGAGGAGGACGCGAAGAAGUGGGAAACUAUAAGGAAGGCCAGCAGAUUAAGAUUCAAGAAGCAACAGCUGGUUGAGAGACUUCUCCAAAGGUCAGCUGAUAGUGAUUUAGGGAGUAAAUCACUCAAUGACGUGUCUGAAGAUUCCGCUGGAAUUCCUAAAUCGCUGCGAUAUGAAGAGUUACAGAGAAUAAAGGCUACUCUGAAUGACCAAGACCAGCAAUGGCAGAGUGACUUGGCAAAAUGGAAAAACCGACGCAAAAGUUAUACUUCGGACUUGCAGAGGAAGAAGGACGAAAGAGAAGAAAUUGAGAAAAUAACAAGUGGAGAGAGUGCUAAACCCACAAAGACAUUCAGACAAAUUAGGAAAGAAAGGGAGCUCAGACAGGAGGGAUCAUACGCCGGUGACCAAACUGAUUACAGAAAGCUCAAUUCCUCUGACGAAGAAGUGUUUGCUGAAGAAACCAAACCUCCAAGACGUUUUUAUGAGAGAAGCUCCACAGUGGCGAGUGAAACCCCUUUCACUUCCCAGAGGCAUGUGGUGGUUUCCUCAGCACCUCCACCUCAAGCCUCAAAGAGCACGACCGCGUCUGAAUUGAAAAGCAGUGUCAACAAUCUGUCAGGAAAGCAAAGCUCUGCUGCUUUGUAUACCCGCCAUGUAAUGGAUCCCAAAACUGAACAAACCAAGGUUUCAAAUUCUUUGCCCAGGAAUUACCAGGCACCUGAUGUAUCCAGGAUUGCACCUGUCAUCGUGCCAAGACCCUAUGGUACACAAUCUAAAAGAGUCUCAUCCCUCUCUAGAUCUUAUCAGUUGCAAGAUGAGUCGCUUAAAUACAACGGAGAUGUGAAUGGUUCAAAAACGUCCCAGGGCACACCAAGUUUCUUUUCCAAGCCAGAAGCGCAAGAAUCCAAAAACAGUCGUGGAGUCUUGCCAAAGGAAGAAGAAGGAACGACGUGGGCCAACAGUUCCUUGAAAAUGGAGGAAAAGAGAUCAGUGCUUGUCAAUCUUUCUUCAAAACCAGAAAAUGAUGUGCAUGCAAAGAGCAACCGUUUAGCAAAACAAGAUGAUGAUGACCAAUCACAGGCCAGUCCUGUAAUGAGUAGUAAUGAGGACGAGGCAGAGGAGGAGGAGGAGGAGGAAGAAGAAGAAAGGGCAGCAUCUCUUAGUAAGAGUAACUUUCCUCAAGAGUCAGAGCCUGACACUACUACUGGCCCAGUAACAAUGAAUUCUUUUACAAAAACAAGCAGCUUGGCCACAGCCCCCGUUACCACAGCAGCCACGCAACAGGGACACUACAGUAACUCGCGAAUAGUUAUUAAUCAGAGGCCAAACAGUGGUCGCGACUUUGGAUUUACAACCAUUCCGAGCUCUACGGGUAUAACUGUCGAGUCAGUUGAACAAGGAGGACCAGCAGAAUUCUGCCAACUGCAAGAGGGCGAUGAAAUCAUUUCUAUCAAUGGUAAUGAUGUAGCCGGUAUGAGCCACCAGACUUGGCAGAGAGCCAUGGAGGAUUCAAGCAAGAGUGGAAAUCUGAACCUGGAAAUCAGAAGAUAUGAGAAAAGUUAUAUAAGUGAUUCAGAACAUACUAACUUCAAUGACCCUACCAGAUGGGAAGAUGCUGGACUAGCUUCUGUGACCAAUAGGACCCAAUUCUUGAAUCGAUCAAUGGAGGUUGAUAAAUCUAAAAGGGACCAGGAAAAUCUGAUGGAGGAUGCAAAGCCAAAAGCAUCUGAGCCCCUUAGCCUGAGAAACUUUAAAAGACGAUCCCAAUUUUUUGAACAAGGCGGAUCCGAAUCUGCAGUGAGUGAUCUACAAAUUCCAUCAAUUAGUGUUUCAAGUCGAUGGUCUUGGAAUCCUGAGGAAGAGAGAAAGCGCCAGGAAGUAUGGCAGAAAGAGCAGGAGCGUUUGUUACAGGAAAAAUACCAGCGUGAGCAGGAGAAACUACGGGAAGAGUGGAGAAAGGCUCAGCAAGAAGCGGAACAAGAAGGUACCAAGUACUAUGAAGAGGAGCGCAGGAUAUUGCAGGAAACAAACACUCCACAAUCGCCUUCAGAUACUGUGGAUGGGCCUGUAGGGUUCAAGAACCAGUUCACUUCUCGAAACUGGAUGACAUCUUGGAAUAACCAAGAAUCGGAGGAUGAAUCGCAGGAACUGAGAGAGGAAGAAGUUUGGCACGGAAGUGAAGAUGAUGAGGCAGGGCAGCGAGAGGAAUUCCAGUUGCAAGAAGAAAGAAGGCAUCAAGAAGAAGAAGAAGAAGCAGAUCGUCUUGAACAGGAGAGAAAGCUGCAAGAGAAAGAACGUGAACGACAAGAACAAUGGCAUCGUGAGAAAGAGCGACUUGAAGAGAAGAGGCAAAAACAACGCCAACAAGCCGAAGAAAGGGCACGGUUAGCAGAAAGUGAAAGAACAGAGGAAUAUCAGCCCCAGUGGGCCAAGUCCAAGUCUACCUCUGACCUCGAUGAGUUUGUGCCUGCCCAUGGACACGGUGUAGGUGUGAAACCAGUGAGUGGUGUGGCCCAGUGGCUGCUUGAGGAAGAAAAACUACGCAGGCGACAUGGGAAGACGCAGGAAGCUGCACGUGUUGAAUUGGAAACAGAGAGGCUGAAAAUCCUUAAUCAGAUGAAAUAUGCUGACCCAGAGAGAGGUGAUGUAAAACACAAAGUCCCAGACAACUCGUGGAUUAAGAGUGAAAUGAAACCAAAAUCUUCACAGCAGCAAGACCCACCACACUCGUAUGCUGAGCAAGAGCGACAGAAAAUCCUACAGGAGAUGCGCAGAAAGACCCAGCUCCUGAAUGAUAAUAGCUGGAUCAGACAGCGUAGUGUUGCCAAUAAGACUGCAUCUAGCAAUUACGGAUUAAUGAGAAGGGGUGAAUCUUUAGACAACUUAGAUGCUCCAAAGACAAACAACUGGGGAACAAAUGCAGAGCCAACACAUUCCUCUGGAAAGGGACCUGGUUUUUACCCAAUCUCCACCUCAAACCGCUCUUAUAUGCGCACUGCAUCAUCAACCUUACCGCCUCAAUCCACUGGAUCAUUGAGAACAGCAUCAUGGACCAAGAAUCCUUCCGUUGAGCCAACCAGUCAGUCCCAGAUACUGCAAAGCAACAGGUCAAUAAGUGGAAAGAAGAUCUGUUCAUACUGUGAUAACCCCCUGGGCAGAGGAGCUGCCAUGAUCAUCGAAUCUCUUGGUCUUUGUUAUCACUUACAAUGUUUUAAGUGCAUCUUGUGCAGCAUUGACCUUGGAGGUACAGAAUCUGGAGCAGAGGUCCGAGUACGGAAUAACAAACUCUAUUGUAACGCCUGCUACAUCCAGUACAAAGCUGGACAGUCCGUGCCUAUCUGAGGAAACUCCAAGAGGUUCAAAGAUAUUGCUACACAUAGAAGAAGAGGAGAAUCUUGGCUGAACACUAUAACUUAGAUACUCCGCAUGAACGAAAAAGUUAAAUUUUCACUUUUGACAGCCAGAGUGCAUCAAAUAAUGUGACUCAUAUGAAAUUUUAACUUUUAUCACAAUUUGACUGCAAAUGGGGUGACUGCUCAAUUUAAAUGACCUUAAAUUUGUUUCCUUGAAGACUAAGCAUGUACAGUAGAUAAGGGAAAGCAUGGUGUAUGAUACUAAAAGUGUUUGUGAUUCCAUAACAUUUAUUUAUCAAGCUGAUGAGCUGUUGGUGGAUGGGCAAGGAAGCCAACUUUGCCUUUGUGUUUAUAUUGCUUCUUGUAGAGCGCAUUUAUGAUGUAUUCUACUCAAUGUAUCUGUCUUGAAACUUUGAUAGAUCUCUCAUGUAAGAAUUGUCAUUGCAGUAAGUUAUCUCAGUGCAUAUGUUUGCUAUGUGCAUUCCCAUUAUAUUUCUGUUGAAUGGGCAUAUAUGGAAAAAUUUAAUGUUUUCUAAAAUGAGGGACAGGUUAAAAGAAAGAAGUCAUGCACAUAUUGCAUGUAUGUUAAAUGUACAGACCUCUGACAUUAAGGAGCUUCAAAGAUACAAAAUCAAAAUUUCUGUGAUUUACUCUUAGCUUCGUGGAACCGAUGGAUAUCCGGUUAAAUAUUUUUGAAAAAAAGAUAAAAGAAAAAAAAUAAUUUUUGUGUUGACUUAUGUUUAUAAAUAAAAAAUAAAU